GGGCGCUCGCGAACGCACACGGAGCGCCAUCUUUGCGACGCCAUUCCGUGCUCUCUUCCUACCUAACCAAUAAUUAAUAUACCCUGUUUAAAACAUACAUACUUGCUACAUAUUUCGUAUACUUCGUACUUCUCUUCAACCAUCCAAAUUCAUUGUAACCGAAAUCGUAACUGUUAUUCCAAGCGACAGAAAGAUGACAGACGAUAAUUGACUACCUCCGUCUCCAAUUACUACAAUGGGCUGUGCAAGUGACGUCAUGUGUCGCUCGCAUUAAGGACUAAGAGCUCAGCUCUUCAUCACAUUUGAUCUCUCAAUGCUAAAUUACAGACUCGUAUCAACGCAUUUCUUGAAACAACCGUAAAUCCAGCUAAUACAUACUCAAUAUUGACUGUUUGUGUCGUACCACCAUGUGCCGUGAUCGAGAUAUGACCGUGAUUAGCAGUGACAUCAUCAAAUAGAGAGCGGGGACUCUUUUGUAUAUUUGUUACUAUAAAGUUAGAUAGUCCGGCAAAACGGCGACCAAAGAUAUAUCGCCGCUGCGUUUUGUUUCGUUCGAUUUGUUUUAUAUCAAGGGAUAAGCAAUAGCCCGGGCGUUUGAGUGAUCAGUUAAGUGAAUUCCGCCCACCGGUGGGCCACUGUCUACGCUGGCCAGCCGCGCUCGUGACAACAUUUCUAGGAUCUUGGAUUCCAUUGUCGGCGCUGCUAGAUAUUGCAUUAGACUUCACAAUAACGCCGAAAAGUUGAAAUUGGGCAUUUAGUUACAAGUCUAACAUGGUACAAUUGGAUUUUACUCAGGGUUACGGGCACGAAAGUGAGUGCUCGGACGAGCGGCGGGUUGUAAUUUCUGGGUCCGGGUGGCGUGCGCAGUGCUGCGAGCGAGAGAGUGCGGAGAAAGACAAAGAGGAAGAUAUGGCGGCGCCUGAGUGCGAGCGAGAGGCCCGCAAGCGGCGCGAGCGCCGUGACUCCGGCUGUACGCACGAGAGAAAGGAGCGACGACCACACAGCGAAGAACGUCCACCACCGCCGCCUCCACCUCCGCCGCUACACGACUAUAAUCGACUCGAGUCGGAGCGUCGUGCAGAGCGUCUUUCGCGCGCACGUCGUCCUCAAUACGGCGCCAAACGCCGACGACCUCCUACGAGGAUACAGAAACAACCAAAAGAAAACGAAUGCUUUACUAAUACCGACGACACGCGUAGUAAUUCACCACCCCAAUUUGACUACAUUACUCAUCAGAAAACGCAAUUAAGUGAAGAACCAGAGACACUGGAUGCUGGUGCGCUCGCCGAGUCUGCGAUUCGCUGGGCAAACGCAGCAAGAGCUGAGCGCACACGCCGUGAUGAGCGCAGCGCGGCCCCGCGGGCGCAGCGCCGUGACCAGCCAGGUCCAGAAACGACGCUUGAGAAGAUUACCAAAAAGAUAAGCCUUCUAAAGAAAAAUAUUACAAAAUACGAAAGCGAUUAUGAAACUCAGCACGGUCAAGCUAUCACACCAAGCGAUCGCAUCACCGACGUACAGCUUACACGAAUGUAUGAAACGCUACAGCGACUCCAAUCUGAGAAGAAAUGUAUUAAAUCGGAUCCUGUAGAAUAUGCCAUGAAGGUUCAGGCAGCAAAGCAACAGAAAGAAAGAGACGAGAAGCUUGAGGUUGCAUUGAAGAGUGAGAAACCAAUGGUUGACGUCGUCCGAGACAUUGAAGAGUGGUUGGAAGGUUGUCGUCAAGCAGCUGGACGAUCUGCCGUGCCUGAAACAAAUUGGACAUCGGCACACUUAGCAGCAGAGAAGUUGUGUGUGCAACGAGUGUUGCUUCGUUUAGAAGCUGCUCGGGGUAGACCUCCAGCUCAUUCUGCUGAUCGCGGUGCAGCUAGGCACUUGUAUGAGAGAUAUCGGGCCGUCAAGAGAGCUUUGGCAACGUCUAGGCCUGAUGCUGCGAUCGGCGCAAACGGCGAAUUGGAAACGAUCCAUGAGCAUGAACCUAUGCUUUUCAACACGAGUGUCGACAGUUCAAGUGACUCCCAAGAGAAGCCAUCAGACUCUUCACAGGACACAACAGAAACUCCUCUCCAAUCGCCACCAACCAAAGAAGCAGUUAUCGAAGAAGUGGCAUCAUCAACAUCAUCAGCCCAAUCUGGUACAACAAGCGAGGAAGCUACACCGUCCAAUGAAGGACUGCAUUGCCUUGGACUUGAAGACUUGUCUAAGGCUCUCACGGAAGCGAAAAUGCAUAAAUGUAUCCUCCGUCGCAGCAUCAAAGAAUACGAGGUGAGUUUCGAACUACAGAACAGCAGGAAGGUCCAAAGAGACGACAAGAAAGGGAGAGAAGAUGAGUACAUUCGAUACAAAGCCAUCAAGGCCAGAAUUAAGCUUUUGAAUGCUCUUAUCAAUAAACAAAAGACUCUAGCUGAAUAAAGCGAAACUGACUAAAUAUCAAGUAAGUGAAGAUUUAUAUAAAUAACAAAUUAGUCUGGCUAUUAUAAAUAUAUCGUGUUCUUAGAUUUUUGCGAUCGUUACACAUUGGAGAUGAAAUAUCAUCAUAAAAUAACGUAAAAUAAGGCCAGUGGGUCAGGAAUAAAUCGUUACCCUGAUUUACAUUAUAAAUAUGUCAAAAAGAAGCACGAAACUUCUGGUUUCUUGUAAAACACGAAUAUAUAUAUACAUAUAUGUAUAUAUAAGCAUCAUUGUCUUACAAAUAAAGUAUAUAUAAGCAUCAUUGACUUACUAAUAAAGUGUAUAUAUUUCUCUCCACUUAUUUGAUAUAAGACUGAACACAGAGUAGCAGAGUAUGUAAUUUAUUCAUAACAAACGCCUACAUAUACCUAUAUCUUGAUACGUAUAAUGUAAUAACCAGGAAUGCCGUUUCAUAUAGGAGAACCUUGUCUUAAGUAUGUCGUGUAUUUAUUACAUUUUGCAGAAUAAAGUGUCGAAAGUUUUGCCUAUUGGAUAAAAGUAUUAACUAACGGAGUAUAAGAACGGUUGUAAAAUAUGUCGGUAGAUAUAAACUCUACGCAGUUAUUCUAAAAAAUCUUGUGCUUCCUAAGAAAUAAAAAUAUGUUGCAAAAACUUCUUAAAGGUCUACUAAACAUGACUUAGUUAUUAUGUUGAUCUGGAUGUUAAAAAAAAUGUUAAGAGUCCGUUAAUGUUAGAAACAUUUGUCUACACAGUGAUGGCCCCCCAAUUGAUUUUUAAAAUCAAUCUAUACCAGGGUUAUUAUUUAAAAACGUUUUAUAGAAUUGUAUAACGAGUGCCAAACAUUGACAUUCUGUACAAUUUUGAGAUUAAAAUCUUUUCUAUGAAAGGCAGAUAUUGGAAUAAAAUACUAUAUGUAUAAACAUAAAAAUAUUAAAUUAAAUAACAAGCGUCUAUAACCUCCUGGGAAACAAUGUUUAUCACUGCCGUAGAUAACUGUAUAAAGUUUCUGAGCUACCUCUACUUAGAAUAUUCUUUCAAACAGUAGUAUUAGUAAAGUAAACAUUUUUCAAUGAACAUCAAGACAUUCAAAUCGUAAUUAAACAGGUAAUGUUCAAAAGGAGAGACGUUUCUAUCUAUAGUUUCUUUCUCCUUAAGUACACACAGGAAGAUUCAUGGGGUGAACGUAAUCUGUAAAACUAAUACAUACUUUUUUGACUAGCCUAUUGUUUGCUAUUAUAAAUAAUAUAUUUGUAAUAGAGUCCGUACUUAAUAGAAAUAUACCCGCGCGCGUAUAGUUAAAUGUACAUCCUGAAUCAUUAUACUAUAUAUCGGAUAUUCUUGUAUUAAAUAGCCUUACAUUAUAUAAGUAAAUUUGCAAAUUAUGACAUCAUUAUUUGAGGCCUCAAGAGCCUUUGUUUGAUAGGUGUAGUUGAAAGCCUACUGAAUGUAAAUGAAGCAUUCAUCCUGUGUGGAGCGCCUUACUUUCUGCGCGCAUGCUUCCUGUACAUAUUUGUAUAAUAAAGUGGAGUGCUCAAAUGUUAAAAAAGGCUUUAUUAAUAUGAUAUAGAGCUGAAUAUAUCGCGCUGCUAUAAUAUGGCUAUUGAAAGCAAACGUUAAAGAUUAUUAUGAAAUUAGAUGAUACUACGAUGAAAGCGAGUUAGCAUUAACUAGCAUUGUGCCAGUAACUAGCUUGAAAUGUGCAGAUUUUCUAUUACUAAUUGAUUUGUUUGUUCUUGCAUAAUAGUAGAAAAGGAUAUACGCCCAAAGUUCUUCGUUGGACUAUUAAAAAAAAGAAAGAUGUACGUGUUGAUUUGAAUUGGUUCUAAAAGAUACUCGAUUGUGACAAACGUCUUACGGAUGUUUACUUGAAGUGUGACAUUUCUCGAGAUAAGGAAGAUAAGUAUCGCUCUCGAUUAUGUGGAUUGCAUUUACAAAGACAGGCGCAAAGUUGUUGUGACCAGAAAGCUAUGCCUAAAGAUACCGUUCGAAUAGAAAAUCCAUCUAAUAUCUGCUAUUCGAAAACUCUAUGCUCUUGUGACGGCAUACUUACAUGCAAGUUACUCGCAAAUAGCAACAGGCUUUUUAUUUAAACCUGACAAUUCUAAAAAUGUAUCCUAGUAUUUCUGUCUCUAUCAGAGUGUGUGAAAGACAGGAGUUUGUUUAGACAUGUCUAAAUAAUUUAAGAUGUGUUUUAUUGAUUUUUCCGCGUUUUUUAUUCAGAAAACCAUUUGAAAGAAUUUGAAAUUUGCGAUUGACGUAACGUGCACUUCCUCCUUGAUGGCGAAAUAUUCCGUACUGGAAUGUCCCCAAGUGGAUGUGUGCUUUAAUAUCUUGAUAAAGUUGCACCUACGCGCGCUAAUUUGGACAAGAAGCUUACAGCUACGUGUCUUUGUAAGCAGGUUCUUGUAUGCGGAAUAGAAAAAGGCCACAUGCUUAAUCUUGAUUGAGGUGUCUGCGUUACUGACUUUUCAACGCUUUAAGGUUGAACUUAUGACAAUAUGAUAUAAUUUUUUAUGAGAGUUUUGACAGAGAAUUAAGUAGUCUGAUAUAGCUACUUGAUGGCUACUUGCCACAAUUGAUGCCAGCGACUCUCACACUGUGCAGACUUGUCGUUAAUUUCAACAAUGACAGAAAAUGUUUGCAAAUGACUACAAAGUCUAUCUAUCGUGUUAGCCGCCUAAGGUUUUUUGAAUGUUGUGUUAUAUACAAAUAUUUUGUGUUGUUUUUUUUGUUUACAAACGUGUACUUGUAUUUGUCAUUGAAUAUGUUGUUUUUGUUGCAAUUGAAUGUUCAUUUUAUUAAUGGUCUUUUCUAAAUGAGACCCAGAUCUUUAAGAGAAUAUAAGUGAUGACGAUUCUGACACUAAAACUCCAUUUUGACUGAUCAAAAAUAUUGUAAUGUGUUCGGCUUUUUUAUUAAUCUUUAAACUAGGCCUCAAUCACAAUAUACUCAGAAUGUUACUACUCUGCUGACAACGGGGCUCUAGAAAGGGUUUAGUAUAUCGGCACUUCCCCUCACACCUAACUUUAUUUAUAGAUUCGUGAUGAUAGUAGCUAAGCUGCAAUCCAGUGUGCAUGAUGUUGUGAGGGUUUAUUUUAUCAUGGCAAAGGAUCCCUUUUCUUUAAGGUUACGACAUAAGCAGAAUACGAACACGCUCUGCCAAUUCGUCAGCCAUACAAGGUAAGCCGUACUUAACAUUUGAAUUUAUUCCUGGUACAUAAGUCACGGAUAGAGUUGGAAAGUGAUUCCCAACAGCGAUCACAAGACAAUAAGAUGUCAAAAUAGUUUUAGUUCAUAUUUGUAUGUAACAGAAUCGUCAUCAAUAUUAAAUGUGUAAAUUACAUAUAAAUUAAAAUUUAAUGUCUAGUGAUAAAGUACUUACCUGUGAUUUUAUUGUAAACUUUCUUGUGUGACAAGAAACUUGUGGUUUUUUUAAUGUAUUAGACAUUUAUAAUAAUUUUGUGGUAGGCGCUCUUACGUCGUAUUAUAUUUUGUUAAAUAAUUGUACUAGUAUGCCAACUACACCGGCCGGUGGCCUCUCUUAGUUUGCCCCAACCACCACCACGAUCCUGUGCUAGUCCCACCCGUGUACUGUCCGCACUGUUGACGAUGUCGUCUUACCAUCUCAAAUCAGGACAUCGCGUCACGGCCACCACCGUUCGAUUAACUGAAGUAACGGUUAACUCACGUACCUACUUAAGAGUCUAUACUACCUACCUCAAUUGGGUGAUUUGGUUGAUUCUGCAUAACAGAGAAAGUGUUGAAUCAAUCAUUUUGGAAAAAAUAUAUAGUAAAAUUGAGGAUAUUACAACAUACCUACGGUGUAAAAACCCGAUUCCUAAAAAUUUUCACGAUAGAAAAAGAACAAACUCACCUCGAAAUUUUACGUGAAAACCGCUGUAUUCAAUAGAUACUUUACAAUACCAAUGUUUUUUUUUAUAUGAACUGAACUAAAUAGAACACGUAUACUAUAUGAUAUACAUUUUUUAAUUGUCUUUAAUUUUGUUUGUAAAAAAUAAACUCUAAUUUUGAAAUAAGAAGCCAGUGUCCCGCUAACCUAAGCAUAAUAAACUGUAUACAUAUAGUACGGGAAAAAUUCGAAUUCGAGCUGAGGUAGUAUCGACUCUUAGUCGAAUUUUUGCUCAAAAUGUUUCCACGAACACUCGCGAACAUUUAUUUUAUUUUAUAACUGCUUUAAGAGUUUUUUAAUUUUACUCAUAUAAUUCAGAUAAUUGCAUCCAUAGAGUUGUUAGUAACAUUUGGUACUUACAACUAUGUUAAUUAAUAAUAGUAAUAUUAAAAUUUAUUUACCUACCUACAUAUAAUUAUGUUCACCCGGAACUUCAGGAUGGAACAAUCAUAUUUAUUAGCAAAUACCUUCAAAAUUCCGCUUUGACUACCCCGCACAUGGCUCAACAGAGACACAACCCGCUUCCGUCUAAUGGCGUAAAAGUCAACAGUACGUUCCUCGGCGAACAUCCCUCAAGCGCUGCAAUGACGAGGGAGCCCUAACAGCAUUCUGAAGGCAUUAUUGCAUUGGACGCGGAGGGCAUUAUAUGCUUUUUGAUUAUGUAAUUCAAUAACACUAAUUGACCCACAGACUGCUCGUGUAAAAUAUUUGACAGAACGCCAGAGAGGAUAAUUUAAAAGAGCAACGAGCAAACCUACAACUAUACCUACUUACCUACAACAACCUAUACUUUUUAAGUAUACUAUGUAUUAUAAUAAUGCAUAUGUCGCGAUUUAUGUUUUUAGAACACCUUAAUGAAAGUUGUUUUAAAACUUAUUAACUUAUCACUAAUUUUCGUCGAGUCAGCACCGUGGAAGUUCAUGAUUAAGGACCACGGAAUGGCUCGAAACGUUCGAACAAUAUUUCGCCUUAAAUACGUGAGUUAUCCAUUACUUUAGUCAAUAAAUGUCUGUGCCUCUACUACGAGUUCACUGUAACAGUUGUCGCUAGCGACCGUGUAAAUUAUUUCACAAUUUUGUAUGGCAAAUCUAACGGUCAAGAGAAGAAACAACAUUUUGCAGACAAACAUUUUACGCGGUCGCUAGCGAUUACUGUCACUGUAAUCUCAUAGUAGAGGCACUGGUCUUACGGAAGUUUUGUAUUUUAAGCACAGUUUGGUUGUCGCCAUAUAUAACUUUUUGUAUACCUAUCUCAUUGCCAUAUUAAAGUCGUUUAAAGUGUUACCAUACCGGUGUUGCUU